UGUGAACGUUUGUUGCAAUGCAGUUCUCGCUAUGUACAUGUAUUUAUGGAAUCCUAGUGUUCCUUUCCUGGAAAAUAGGGUCGACCAUUUACUCGUAUGUUCGGAUGCGUAGGAAAUGUCUGAAACUACCUCAGAAGAAAUCGCACUGGUUAUUUGGACAUUUAAAGGAGCUUAAGGGUGCUAAAGCCUAUAUGGAUUACGCACUAGAUAUGGCCAAAACCGAAAGUAAAGUGUACUGUUUAUGGAUUGGACCGACUCCUGUGGUGGGCGUGAGACACCCCGACACGUUUAGACAGCUGAUUGGUCAAGAGCACCGGAAGGCAAGGGGGCGAAUUGACGGAUAUAGGUUAUUGCAGGAAUGGAUGGGAGAAGGACUGUUGAUGAGCGAAGGACGGAAGUGGGAAAGAAGCCGGAAGCUGCUCACACCUGCCUUCCACUUCAGCAUUCUGUCUGGAUAUGUUGACGUCAUGAACAGAGCGUCGGAUACUUUUCAGGAAAAAGUUCUUGACCAGAUGUCUGAGAGUGACUCCAUGGACAUCUACCCUCUAGCCUGCAGGGCUACCCUCGAUACCAUGAUGAAAUGUUCCCUGUCCUUCGAUGGGUGUAUGCAGUCUACAGAAAACGAUGAUUAUGUCCAAGCUGUCCAACGUAUGUCGACAUUGUUAUGGAACCGGAUGUUAAACCCGUUCAUUCCUGCCUGGUUGUACAAACUAACACCUGAAGGUCGAGAAUGGAGCAGACUAAUAAAGCUGCUGCAAACCUUCACUGGAAAUAUCAUAGAGUCAAGGAGACAACUCUUGAAAGAGCAUCCGUUAGAGGUUGGUCAGUCCGACAGGAAGAGGCGGCUGGACUUUUUGGAUAUUCUGUUGACGGCUACGGAUGACCAGGGCCGAGGACUGGACAGGCAGGAAAUACAGGACGAGGUCGAUACGUUUACAUUUGAGGGACACGACACUACAGGAUCUGCCCUUGGCUGGGCAAUUUACGCCCUUGGCCAGAACCCAGAGAUCCAGGGAAAGGUCUAUAAAGAAGUCAUCACUGUCCUAGAAGACAGAACACAUGUCAAACUUGAGGACAUUCGGUCAUUCACGUACCUGUCCCAAUAUAUCAAAGAGGUCAUGCGCGUAUACAGCCCCGUCCCGAUGAUUGCCCGCAGAAGCGCAAAGACUCUGGUGUUAGACGGCUUUGAGAUACCACCCGGUAUAAGGAUUGAUAUUAAUAUUCAUGCCACCCACCAUAAUCCUGCGGUCUGGGACAAACCAGAGGAGUUCAAUCCAGAUCGGUAUGGCGCCGUCAACAAGGACGAAAACGAUACGUUUGGCUUCAUACCCUUCUCUGCUGGCUCAAGGAACUGUAUCGGACAGGUGUUCGCAUUGAAUGAACUCAAGAUAUGUCUGGCCAAGUUCGUGAAGAGGUUCGAAGUGUUUCCAGACCCGGGACACAAACCUGAAAUGGUGCCGGACAUCGUCACAAGAUCUACAACAGGGCUGAAAGUCAUUAUCAAGAAACGGUGUUAGGGACAGUUAAUUUAUUGUGUUGUUUAAAAAGAAAGAUGUAUAUAAUUGCACAUAAUUUAAUAUAACAUUAAUAUUUUCCAUGUUGUUUUGUACGAUUUAAAUCCAAAAUCGACCAAAUAUAAUUCAAACAUAUUUAGAAUUGAUAUGUUAACAUAACAUGUAUAUAUAAAGAUAAGGCCCUAAACAAUGUCAAAUAUUAACUAAUAUAUUUGACUCUAUAUAUUUAUAAUGAUAUUUGUUCAAGUCAUACUCUUAUUUAUUUAUUGAAAUAUCAUUUUAUCAAUUUUGAUUUUUUUGUUAAAAAAACAGACGUUAUCUUUGUUAAGUAAACAGAAUCCACGUAAAUUCUGGAAACAUAUUAAGAAAUAUAAAAAGGCAAAAAGUGCUAAUCCUAUUGAGAUAGAAAUCAAUGAAUUUUUUGAUCAUUUUACGAAUGUACCUAAUUCCCCGCAUCCUAGCACUUUUGGUAAUGAGGAUGAUGAUUAUUCAAAUGAAGAAGUGAUUAUUGAAAUGUUAGAUUGUCCGUUUUCCGUUGAGGAAAUAUGCAAAACUAUAUCCAUGUUAAGCAGACAUAAAAGUGCUAUUAUCACAAACAAUGUUGCUGAUUUUUUAUUGAUAGCAAAAAAAUUAUUGCACCAUAUUUAGUUCAAUUAUUUAACCAUAUUUAUGAUACGGGCGAAUACCCUGAGUCUUGGACAAAGGGCAUAAUUGUUCCAAUCUUUAAGAAAGGAUAUAGAACCGAUCCCUCCAACUAUCGUGGUAUCACUCUUGUCAAUAUAAUGGCUAAAAUAUUUUCUCUUACUCUACGUAAUAGACUAAAUGAUUGGUGUGAAAAUGGAAAUAUUUUUAAUGACACACAAUUUAGAUUUAGAGAUAACCACAGCACUUCAGAUUGUAUAUUUAUAUUGCAUAGUAUUAUUCAGAAGGUUUUAAUGAAUAAAUCAAAAUUGUAUUGUGCCUUCAUUGAUUAUGAAAAGGCGUUUGAUACAGUUAAUCACGAGGCUUUAUGGAUAAAACUAUUAAAAUCUGGUGUGAGUUGCAAAAUGUGAAGAAUGAUCAAAUCAAUAUAUAUGAAUGUCAAAUCGUGUGUACGCAACUGUAGAAAGAUGGAAAUAUCUGAUUUUUUUACGUUUCUCUGUAAAACAAGGUGAACCACUUUCUCCAUUAUUAUUUAUUUUAUUUAUCAAUGAUAUUAGUGAGUCGAUUGAUUUUGAAAACUUAACCGCUAAAGAUAUAGAAUUGUUGUCUGUAUGUAUGUUGCUGUUUGCAGAUGAUAUUGCGCUUUUCAGUACGGACCCCAAUAGGUUGCAAGCAUUGUUAGAUAAUGUGUAUAUUUAUUCUCAUAAAUGGGGUCUGAAAAUUAAUGUAAAUAAGACAAAAGUGUGAAUAUUUGAAAAACGUAAAUCCAGACACAUGUUUGUGUGGACAGUGAACAGUGAAAUCAUUGACCUUGUUGACUCGUUUAUAUAUCUUGGAAUUAAAUUCCAUUACACUGGGAAUAUGAAAUAUGUUGUACAAACAUUGCAUGAACAAGCACUUAAAGCCUAUCAUAGUCUAUUGUCUAUAAUUAGCAAAGUUCAUCUUGAUGUUAAAUCUAAACUAAAACUAUUUGAUUCACUCAUUUCCCCCAUUCUGAUGUAUGGCUCUGAAAUAUGGGGCAUUUAUAAUUAUAAAGAAGUUGAUAGAUUACAUCUUAAAUUUUGCAAAAACCUGCUGGGUGUCAAACCUCAGACUUCUAGUGCAGCAGUUCUUGGAGAACUGGGUAGAUAUCCAUUGUUUGUUAAAUGUAAGGAACGUGCACUAAGGUAUUAGUUAAAAAUAAUAAAAAAUACUGAUAACCCUAUAUAUAUGUUUCAUUCAGAACAGUUACAAGUUGUACACUUAAAUAGCAAUAAUUCUUUGGCUUUUGCUUUAAAAACAUUGUUAGACAACAUGGGAUUCAGUGAUACCUUCACAGCUUUCAAUAAUGAUGUUAAUUACUUACCUCUGUUUAAACAAAGAUUGUAUGACCAGUAUAAACAGGAGUGGAACACAACUGUAGCUGGCCAAUCAAAACUAGAUUUUUAUAGACUAUUUAAAAGUGAGCUUAAAUUUGAAAAAUAUAUUGAUGUUAUUAAUAAUGAUUUUAUUAGAAAACAAAUGUCGAAAUUACGUUUGUGUUCUCACUCUUUGGAAAUUGAAACGGGCAGAUAUCUAAAUAUUGAUAGAAAUGCUAGACUUUGUAAAUGUUGUAAUUUGAGAGUAGUAGAAUCCGAAUACCAUUUUAUUUUAUGCUGCCCACUUUAUCGUAAUUUAAGACUAAAAUAUUGUAUAAAUGUAGCAUUCCCGACUAUUCAAAAGUUUAUUAAGUUAAUGUCGUGUGAAAAAUCAAAAACAAUUAGAAAUGUUUCUAAAUAUAUUCAUCAUGCUAUGCUAAAUAGACAAGAACAGCUUGAUAAUAUACCUGCUUCUUAACUUUUGCUUAAUAUCUAUCUAUAUGUGUUUUAAAAACAUGUACUCCUUAUAACUAUAUAUGUACUUGUGUUGUAAAAAAUAUCAUUCGGCCGUCUGUACAAUGUUAAAUAUGUUUAAUGGCCAAAGGUA